CUCCAGAGUCCCGUCUACCCUGGCUUGGCGAGGGAAAGGAACCAGACAUAUAUCAGAGGCAAGUAACCAAGAAGUCUGGAGGUGUUGAGUUUAGGCAUGUCUCUACCUGAGCCACUUGGGAAGAGACAGGGAGAACAGCAGAAGGCUAAGCUACUUCACACUGGCAGUGAGAGUCCAUGAGCAGAGCUCAGGGUCCUCAGCAGGAAGUGUCUAUGCCAUGCCGAGGCUGGCCUGUCCAGCCAGAAAGAACACAAGUGUAAAGGAAAAUCGGAGCGUGCCUGUAUGGAAAGAGGCCGGUCUGAGGGAUGUCAGAGACCCCCGACAACAACAUGAAGUGAAUCAGAAGCUGGGGGCUGAUACCACCUGGAGCUGCAGCCUCCACAGACCGCUUCCUACUUCCUGACAAGACUAUGUCCACUCAGGAGCCCCAGAAGAGUCUUCUGGGUUCUCUCAACUCCAAUGCCACCUCUCACCUUGGACUGGCCACCAACCAGUCAGAGCCUUGGUGCCUGUAUGUGUCCAUCCCAGAUGGCCUCUUCCUCAGCCUAGGGCUGGUGAGUCUGGUGGAGAAUGUGCUGGUUGUGAUAGCCAUCACCAAAAACCGCAACCUGCACUCGCCCAUGUAUUACUUCAUCUGCUGCCUGGCCCUGUCUGACCUGAUGGUAAGUGUCAGCAUCGUGCUGGAGACUACUAUCAUCCUGCUGCUGGAGGCGGGCAUCCUGGUGGCCAGAGUGGCUUUGGUGCAGCAGCUGGACAACCUCAUUGACGUGCUCAUCUGUGGCUCCAUGGUGUCCAGUCUCUGCUUCCUGGGCAUCAUUGCUAUAGACCGCUACAUCUCCAUCUUCUAUGCGCUGCGUUAUCACAGCAUCGUGACGCUGCCCAGAGCACGACGGGCUGUCGUGGGCAUCUGGAUGGUCAGCAUCGUCUCCAGCACCCUCUUUAUCACCUACUACAAGCACACAGCCGUUCUGCUCUGCCUCGUCACUUUCUUUCUAGCCAUGCUGGCACUCAUGGCGAUUCUGUAUGCCCACAUGUUCACGAGAGCGUGCCAGCACGCUCAGGGCAUUGCCCAGCUCCACAAAAGGCGGCGGUCCAUCCGCCAAGGCUUCUGCCUCAAGGGUGCUGCCACCCUUACUAUCCUUCUGGGGAUUUUCUUCCUGUGCUGGGGCCCCUUCUUCCUGCAUCUCUUGCUCAUCGUCCUCUGCCCUCAGCACCCCACCUGCAGCUGCAUCUUCAAGAACUUCAACCUCUUCCUCCUCCUCAUCGUCCUCAGCUCCACUGUUGACCCCCUCAUCUAUGCUUUCCGCAGCCAGGAGCUCCGCAUGACACUCAAGGAGGUGCUGCUGUGCUCCUGGUGAUCAGAGGGCGCUGGGCAGAGGGUGACAGUGAUAUCCAGUGGCCUGCAUCCUGUGAGACCACAGGUACUCAUCCCUUCCUGAUCUCCAUUUGUCUAAGGGUCGACAGGAUGAGCUUUAAAAUAGAAACCCAGAGUGCCUGGGGCCAGGAGAAAGGGUAACUGUGACUGCAGGGCUCACCCAGGGCAGCUACGGGAAGUGGAGGAGACAGGGAUGGGAACUCUAGCCCUGAGCAAGGGUCAGACCACAGGCUCCUGAAGAGCUUCACCUCUCCCCACCUACAAGGCAACUCCUGCUCAGCCCUUCAGCUCAUUCAGCCUGGGCUCUCCUGCUGGGACAGACAUGAAGUCUCUAAGUUAAAAGAAUGACAGACAAGCCGGGCGGUGGUGGCGCAUGCCUUUAAUUCCAGCACUUGGGAGGCAGAGGCAGGUGGAUUUCUGAGUUCGAGGCCAGCCUGGUCUUCAGAGUGAGUUCCAGUGACGGCCAGGGCUAUACAGAGAAACCCUGUCUCAAAAAAAAAAAAAAAAAAAAAAAAAAAAAAAAAAAAAUGACAAACAAGAGCUAAGGGGGAGCAACUACUCUUGGUGGAAGCUUCUGAUAAGAGGAUUUGUGGCCAUGAAAACCCAGCCAUAGCCAUGCAGUAGGCAGCUUAAGGAAGUGAGACCCUUCCUCAGCACAUGGAGCAGAAUUGUAGAAUGUGCAUCUUGCAGGAGGGGCCUACCCAUUUGCACAAGCGGUGUGGGACUGACCUAAAAAUGGCUCCUGGGAAUCCCAAGAGGUGGGCACCCAACUGCUCACACCAGCAGGCUACUCUGUCAAGUGCCUCCUCCACCAGCUGCAGGGGAGGCUGUUGGCUUAUCACUGACCACAGCCUGUGUGGCUCUGAGCCAGGAAGCAGUUGAAAUGCUAAGGUCAGAGGGAGGGAGCCUCCUUGCCAUCUUCCCUAGCUCUCUCCAGAAGCUGAGUGAAGUUUGGGUGAGAGGACAGGGAGAGUGGUCACAUUAGGGAGAUGGGAGUCUCAGAAGCCACAGCUAGCUGCCUGCCUGAUUUAGGAAACCACGGUCCCGUCUUGGCUUCCUCUAUGACUACAAACUUCAGAUCAGAGCAAGCAGCGGCAGAAAAAGUUUCCUCGUGCCUCUAUGGUGACAAGAAUCCCUUUGUUCAGGCUCCUUCUGGUUCAUCCAUACACUGUAGCAGGACCGUAGCAUCUCAGCCCCUGAUAUGACACAUCCGUAACCUUGGCCAGAGCCUGUCCCUUUCCUGCCCCCACCCCACCCCCCAUGUGUAGGACUUUCAACCUACUUUGAGCUCUCCUGAGAAGCCCAGGGGUGGAGAGUCCCUGAGGCACACGUAGGGUGGACCAGGACCAGGGGCUGAGGUCUGUUUCUAUGGGACACUGCCCUUCUGGGAGGAGGUGGGGUGGUCUCAGUGCUCUGUCAGAUUUGGGAAUUAGACAAGACCUUUCAGGCGUAUCUGAGUCCCAGGAGAGUAGCACCUGGGGUGAACUAAGAAGCUUGCACAUCCCUGAGCCUUUCUGCUGCUACAACCUGGGAUUCCUGCAGCAGAGUCUAUCUUGAGUCCCCACUGGUACUGAACACUUCUUUGUCCUCCUCCUUGGGGUGGCCUCUCAGUCUGGAGUGAGAUGCCCUCAACCAUCAAGUCAGGAAAUGGCACCAGGCCAGGACCUAGCCACACUAUCAGCUCCAGCCCUGCUGGACUGAGAUUGGAAGCUGGUUCCCGGCAGGGCCAGCCUUUGCUGGAAGACAGGACCAUGAGUCAGCCUUUAGCCUGACACCAUAGCUCCCUGGGGACACAGAGAGCUCUGGCCUGAUGUCAUCUGUCAGAGAAGCAUCCCAGGCCUCUGGAUGCUUCUAAGCAUCUUCUCUGUCCAGACAAGGAGACAGAGACAGAUGCUCACCCAAUACUUCUUGAGCCAGGCCAGCUGGAACCACAGAAAGCCACAUCAUGGACACAUUGUGGGGGAGGGGCAUCUCUUGAGAACAAAAGACCCAUUUCUAAACUCGGCUAACUUGGAUGCUUACCCUCAGAGAAAGUUGUAUGCGCAGCCGCUCUAUCCAGCGUGCACCCGUGCGUGCAAACUGGACGAAGGCAUCUGCAGGUGUUUUUAAGCUUUUUAGCGGCUCUUGUGAAAUGAAUGUUUGUGGACCAUUGAAGUGUGGUACUAUUGUCUCAGAUUCUUCCCGAAGAAUUUUCUGUCACUGAAAUAUCAAAUAGUCCUCAUAAGGUGUCACUGGUCCUAGAUGAAUAUUAAAUCAGUGUUGUCUGUGAA